AUGUCAGCGCCGGCACUACAAGCUCGCGUGCACAGACUCCUAGGAUCUCGCGCGGAGCUGGAAGCAACUAAGACGCUUUUACAGACGAUUGUGCCAAGUCAUUCACCAUCAACCGCUCCGCUACUACAGCUGGACACAUCGCAGACGUUGACAUUGGCUACCCUACGCCGUACCUUGCGUGCGAGUCUGGAGAAUCAGCACUUGACAAUCCAGGUUGGCCAGCUGGACAUCAUGUGCGAGGAGGUGGAUGAGUUUUUGAAAACCACCAAGAGGGAAACGCAGCAGGUGCAGACAGAGGCAUCUGCAUUGGUGACUAAAAGGGAAAAGCUUCAGCAAGAGGGAAGACAGAUUAGCUCAUUUUUAUCCCGCUACCAGCUGAAUGACGAGGAGGUUCAAGCGCUUUUUGGGGGAGAACUAGCGGACAAAGACAUGGACGUCUUCUUUCGCACGAUGGAGCGAGUACAGCAGGUAAAAGCAGACUGCAAGACCCUAGUGUCCACAAGCGAAAUCAAUUGUGGUUUUGAGCUGCUGGAUGCGGUAAGCAAAUGCCAGGAAGCUGGUCUGGAGCGACUGUACCAAUGGACGAUGAUUAAAUGCGCACAAGUGGAUGGAGAACCCAGUAAUGAGCUUCAUCGAGCGAUUGUGCUGCUUAGCGAUCGUACAGAGUAUUACAACUAUUGCAAGGGAUGCCUGACAGCAUCGCGGCGGUCAAUAGUCGUUCGGCGUUUUCUUGCGGCGCUGACAGUCGGAGGACCAAAUGGAAUCCCAAGACCGAUUGAAAUGCAUGCACACGAUCCUGUGCGCUACUGUGGCGACAUGCUAGCGUGGAUCCAUCAGGCUAUAGCGGCUGAGAGCGAGAUUUUUCGUGUGCUUUUUGAUGGCGACGUCGAGAUUAACCCUUGCAAUAUCACAUUAAUUGAACCAUCUGACAGAACUAACGAUGGGUCUACAGACGAUAACACUUUUGGUGAAAAAGACACUGAUGACAUCGAUGCAACAUUUUGCUUGUCCAUGGUCGGACAUUCAUUUGACGGGGUAGCAAAGCCGCUGCAAGUGCGUGUUGAGCAGACGCUGAGCUCCUCGCACGGCAUUGUCACCACAUUCAAAUUGGUGCACUUACUCGCAUUUUAUUACCGCAAGCUCAACGAAUUAAUUUCUCACUCAAAGAUAGCGCGUGCUCUUCAGUUUUGCCGCGAAGCUGCAAAUGAAGCGUUUCGUCGCCAGUUGCAGCAGGUGGUGAACACAAUUGCAGCCUCAGCCCAUGAUUAUGCAGCCAGUCUUGCAGCUACACAUAUCACGCUUGAUGCAACGCACCACUUGGUGGCUUUGCUUGAUGUAUCUCAAACCUCGUUAUUGCCGGAGAAAGAGAGAGAAGCGGAUGUAACGCCAUUGUUCGAAAGUAUUCUUCCAGCUCUCGAGCUCAUGUGUCAGCGCAGCGUGACGGGACUUGACCCAGUCGACGCGCUCGUGUUCCGCAUCAAUAACUUUAAUUGCCUACACGCACAGCUGUCUCGAUUCCCUGAUGCAGCUAAGUGGUACUUAGAAAUUAGCCGUUACUUAGAUUGUUGGCUUCGUAAUUUGAGCGAGCUUCAUGCUUCGCGCGUGAUGGAUCGAUGCCAAGUCAGUACUUUGUUGCAAUAUAUCAGACACUUUCAGCAGAAUCAAGCGAUUAUUGACUCCAUACCAGCAAACACACCUGGUCUGGAUGGGACAACGAUUACGCGAGUCAUGGGCGAUUUCUGUUCAAUAAUGAUGGCGCUCAUAUUACCACAGCUUGAUCAACUUGCACAGCCUGAGCUCUCUGACAAGGUCCGAACACUGACGUCGGUAACGCUUGCGAGCGCGUAUGCACUCGUCUAUGAGUUUGUGUUUGACGCAAAAAAUGGCUACAACACAGAUGUCGGAUCAGUGUGCUCGUUGUUGGCGCCGGAGAAAAAUCGUCGUGUUGUGCUUCAGCAUACACCUGAGGAAAUUCGGACUGUGCUUGAACUAGAUGAAGACAUCAAGUGA